ACUACUCAUCGAUUGUUUACGUAUACGUGUUUCUCUGCCGUUCGUCACAUUAUAAACAUAUUUUCACUUUUAGGAGAAGUUUUAACUGAAAAAAGACCGCUACACGCGUAAUUCUCAUUUCUACUAAAGCGAUGAUACCGGGCUUGCACCAAAAUGUGCAGUGCAAACCUUCUAAAAGUUCUUUUGUGUACCAUAGUGCUUAACCAAUGCCUGGGGUUCUUUAAUCAGCCCCAAGGAACCGAAAAAAGUGAACCGGAUGACUGUUUCUGCCAACUGGAGGGUAAAAUAGAUGAGUGUAACUGCAAAAUAGACACAGUAGAUAGUUUCAAUAAUGUGAAAAUCUUUCCUCGCCUUCAGAGCUUAUUAGUGAAGGACUUUUUUAGGUUUUUUAAGGUAAACCUGAGGAGACCCUGUCCAUUUUGGGUAGAUGACAGUAAGUGUGCUAUGCGCUACUGCCAUGUGGAGUACUGUGAACAAAAUGAGAUACCUGAAGGCCUAAAAGGAGAGGCAAAGCCAGCUACUAAGUAUACUGAAAAUGGUGAGGAUGAUUGUGAUGAACAUACCAAUUUAGGUUAUUUAAAUACAACCAUAAGUGAGAAGGCUCAACUAGAUAUUGAAAAAUGGCUGGCCCAUGAUCAAGCACAAGACAAUUUCUGUGUUGAAGAGGAAAAUGGUAAUGAUUCGGAAUAUGUUGAUCUACUUUUAAACCCAGAAAGGUUCACAGGUUAUGCUGGGGAAUCAGCCCAUAGAAUAUGGAGAACCAUAUACCUUGAAAACUGCUUUAGACCCAAAAACACUUUCAGUUUUAACCCCUACAUACAAACUGCCACCUUAAACUCUAUGUGUUUAGAAGAAAGGGUAUUUUAUCGGGCAAUUUCAGGGCUACAUGCCAGCAUUAAUAUUCAUCUCUCAGCAAAUUAUUUACUAUCAAACAAGCAUGGCUUAUCAUUAAAAGAUCCCAAGGGAGAAUGGGGUCCCUACUUGGAGGAAUUUAGGACCAGAUUUUCACCCGAGAGCACUAACGGUGAGGGACCCCACUGGCUUAGAAAUCUUUAUUUUGUCUACUUGAUUGAACUUAGGGCGCUAGCCAAGGCUGCCCCUUAUUUGGAAAGGGAGGAUUACUAUACAGGUAACGCAUCCGAAGAUUACGACACGAAAAUGGCCAUAAAAGAUCUCCUCUCGGUAAUCAAAAAAUUCCCAGAUCACUUCGACGAAACCACCAUGUUCAAAGGCACCAAAGAAGCGGAAAAACUAAAAUACGAGUUCAAACAACACUUUAGAAACAUCACGCGGAUCAUGGACUGCGUCGGGUGCGAUAAAUGCCGUUUAUGGGGUAAACUGCAAACGCAGGGGCUUGGUACUGCGUUGAAAAUCUUAUUUGGUGGCCAGUUCGAUUAUGACGUGGCAGGAAACUUGAGAAACAGAAAAGAGAUGCAACUGAAAAGGAACGAGAUAGUGUCGCUUUUAAAUGCCAUCGGCAGACUUUCUACGAGCAUUUAUAAGUUGGAUGAUUUUAGGCAAAUGAUGAGAUAAUAUUUAGUAGAUAGUAAACUGGUAUAUUGGAGCAUUGCGGUGAAGUUUGUAUUAGUUAUUUAUUUUUGUUGUGCAAGGUAUUAAUGAUUGUUGGAAUUAUUUUGUUUGAGUGUAAGGAGUACUUAUGACAAAUAGGGGUAUAUAAGAUGGUUUGGUUUAGUUAAUUAACUAAUUGUAUAAGGAAAUACCAGAUGAGUAGCUGUUCUAGAUUCUAGAAAAUUUAGUUAUUAUUAUCAGAACAACUUCUAAGCUAGUCAACGGAUUAUUUUGGGAUUUCUUUGGAUUCUAGCAGGUUUUAUUAGGUGCUUGUAUAUAAUAUGAAUAUACGCAAAAUAGUGGGAGAGGUUUUUUAACUUUAAAAUAGAUGUAUAAAAUAUUUAUUUAUUGAAAAAAUAAACUGUGAUGUAUAUACUUUAA